AUGAUAAGAAUAAAAAAAAAAAUUAUUUUGUCCAUUUUAUAUAUUCAUCUCUUUAUAUUAAAUAGUUUAAGUUUUGAGAAUGCAAAAAAAAAAACAAAGAAUCAAGAAAAUAAUCUGACAUUACUACCAAUAAAGAGCAGUGAAGAAGAAAAAUCUAACAUUAAACAUAAAGAUAUAGGAAAUGUAAAUAAAGAUGAUAUAAACAAUGAUAUAGAUAAUGAUAAAAAGGAUGUAAAAAUAAAUAAUGUUAAAGAUCAUUCGACAUAUAUAAAAUCAUAUUUGAAUAAAAAUGUAAAUGAUGGUUUAAAGUAUUUGUUUAUGCCUUCUCAUAAUGCUUAUAUAAAAAAAUAUUCUCUAUUUAACAAAAUGAAUGACGACAUGUUAUUAAACGAAAAAAAGGAUGUGAAUAAUAAUAAAGAUGAUGAUAAAAAUAUCAAUCAUAAAAAUGUGAAUUUUUUACAAAAUGAUUUUAAAGGAUUACCUAAGAAUAACAUUGCAGAUUCUAUUGACAUUGUACAAGAAAAAGAAGGACAUCUGGAUUUUAUUAUAAUACCUUAUUAUUCUCAUGUAGAAUAUUGCAAACAUCUCUCAAUAAUUUCUGUAUUUCAUAGGUUAUCUACAUAUGGAGAGUAUAAAGAUGUAAUAGCUUUUGUUAAGAAUAUAAAUGAAAAAUAUGACAAGGUGAAAGAUAAGUGUAACGAAAUAAAGAAUGAUUUAAUAACAACUAUAAAAAAAUUAGAGAAUCCACAUGAUGUAAAUAAUAAAAAUGAAGAUUCAAAUAUAUAUAAUACUUUUGAAGAUAUAGAUGAUAUAUAUGAAGACGACGUGCAGGAUCAACUUGAAUAUGUAUAUGAUACUAUAGAAGAUGCAGAUAGUGAUAAUACUCAUCCUAAUAAAAAAAAAUAUCAUCUUAUAAAUAGAACGUAUAAAAAAAUGAUGGAUGAAUAUAAUUUAAAAAAAAAUAAAUUAAUUCAAUGUAUAAAAAAUAAUGAACCUGAUUUUAAUAAUAUAUAUAUGGAUAUCAAGAAUUAUAGUACAAAUCGCUUUGAAAACAUUUCAUGUGAUAAUAUUAAUUUUUGUAAUACAAACGGAAUCAAAAAUCAUUAUAUAUAUUAUAUUGAAAAAGAAAUGUUAGCUAUUAAAUCAAAGGACCUAAAUAAAGACAUAAAAGAUAUGACAAGUAUUUUACAACAAAGUGAAUUGCUUCUAAUCAAUUUAAAUAAAAAAAUGGGUUCCUAUAUAUAUAUUGAUACAAUCAAAUUUAUACAUAAAGAAAUGAAAUAUAUUUUUAAAAGAAUUGAACAUCAUACAAAUAUAAUAAUCGAUAAAAUAAAAAUAAUUGACGACAAAUAUAAAAUAAGUAUAAAUAAAACAUUUCCAAAAAAUAUAUUAUUACCAAAAAUUUUAGACUUAUCAAAUGAAUAUGCUUUAUUUAUAACUAGUAGUACCUUAAGACAAAUGUUAUAUAAUACAUUCUAUACAAAAGAAAAACAUUUACAUAACCUAUUUCAUCAUUUAAUUUAUGUUCUACAAAUCAAGUUCAAUGAUGUCCCUGUUCAUAUGGAAUAUUUUCCAUUAUAUAAGAAAAAAAAAAUACUUACGCAAUAA